UUCGGGCACCGGGGGCGGGGCCUCCCGCCGUGGGUCUUGCAGCCGCGGCGACAGCUGCGAGUUUGCUCACGGAGUGUUCGAGUGUUGGCUCCACCCGGCCAGGUACAGAACCGAGGCUUGCAAAGACGGGAAGCAGUGCAAGAGGAAGGUGUGCUUCUUCGCACACACGCCACGUCAGCUCCGGGUUUUGCCAGUUCAAUCUUGUGCAGAUCAUACGGCGGCCGGGCUCUCUCCCACUCCCAAGAAGAAGUACGGCCACCUGAGCAACUCCGUGGGCUCGCAGGGCUCGAACAAGUACUGCUGUCUCUUCUGUCACUCUGCCGUGACGACGUCGUCUCCAACUUCCACUCUGUUGGGUAUGUCCCAUUUGUCGCCGCCUCUGUCGCCAGCAGGUAACCACUGCUCGUCGGUGAACGGGUUUCAUAAUUCACCGGUUAUGUCUCGCUGUAGCGGGUUGGGGUUGGGGUUGGAUCAGAUGCAUGCAAGCACGGGCGGAAUGAUGAGCUACAAGGAUGUGCUAGCUGAGCUGAUGAGCUCUUUGGAAGCAGUGAAAUUCAGUGAAGCUGCUGCUGCUUCACCUAUUAACCCAAAUGCGCCGCGGUGGGUUGAUGUUUCAUUCAAUUCUACUGAUGAUCUUGAUCAGCAACAACAGUUUAUUCUUUCGCCGUCUACUCCGAGUCCAAGCAGGCCGUUUGGAGGACGUGGGAUUAAUUUUUCGGAUGGGGAUGAAAAUGGCUCAUCCAGAAAAAGCAGCUUGUUGGGUUUUGAUGACAAUUAUUACAAGCCCAACAAUAUUAAUGAUGAGAUCAUCAAUGGAGGAGGAGGGUCUGGAUCUGGCUCCUCAGACCCUGAUCUUGGAUGGGUCAAUGAGCUCUUGAUGUAAAGGAAGACUCAGAUCUGACUGCCAUGGCGCUCUGAUGAUUUAUAUUAUGUGCCACUGCCACAGAAUAAAAAGAUGGUGAUCGAUCCAUCCAUCCAUCCAUCCAUCUGCAAGUGUAUAUAUUGCACCAGCCGUACAUAUAUGUACGGGAUUGGGUGUAAAUUAUUAUUGCUUUUGAUGUUAUUGUGUGAAAAUUUUAAGCAUUGUUGUCGAUUGCUAUGUUUGGUUUUGUGAUGUUUGUUUUGCAAGUUGGAGAGGAAGUUAGAGAACAGGAAUGUGAUGUAUGGAUUUGGGAUUCUUGAAGAGAUUCUAUUUCA